UGCCAGUGUGGAGCACCUGGAAGUCAGUCAGCGGCGGCUGCGUACAGUGAAGGGAACAGCUAUGCGGACGAAGAAGGGCAAAAACCAGCUGAAUACUCCAGUUUUUUUGUUCCAACCCGGCGGCUCAGCUCUUUGUUAGGUCGUGAGGCAUUAUUCCAGAAGUACUCCGCUCCGAAAACGACACGGAAGGAAGUGGUUUGGAAGCCGCUCCGGGGCGGAUAUUUCCCCGUAGAAACCCGCAUUUCCAGCUCCGGCUGCUUCCCAAAAGAAAGAAUGAUAGUUUGAUUUUUUUUUUUUUUUUUUUUAACGUAUACAAUCCAGUAGUCUUUGUUCCCCCUCAAUUCCUAAUUUUUACGGACUUGCCAUGGUGGACUCCUCAGCCACGAGGAAGACUUUUCUAGUCCCGGACAUAAAACCUUUGGAUUUGUAUGACCGCAAUAAGGCAAAAAUAUGCGCAAGUGUCGGCUGGUUGUUGGCGAACUCCUACGGCAGUACAGAGAAUGUUCCAGCGGAGCUACGUGACCCCUUUUACUGUGACCAGUAUGAACAGGAGCACCUUAAACCUCCUGUCGCACGCCUCCUACAGUCCUCAGAGGUCUAUUGCCGCACUUACAGCCAGCUAACAGAGGACACUGGAGCCGAGGUGCAACCCAAAGACAACACCACCCUGCUGCAGCUCCUUGCUCAAAGAGGCCUUGUUUCUAAAGACCAGGAUGCACCAGUGACUGAUGCAGAUCUCCGGCAUAAUCCCAUCAAAAUGAGUGCCCACCUGGCAGUGAUAGAUGCUCUGAUGGCUGUGGCAGCCAUGGAGACUGUGGCUGCGGUGAAGACAUGUGGUGCGUCUGAGUUGCUGGGCGGAGCUUCCAGCUGGGAGGAUGGUGUGCUUCAUUGGGUUAAUCUGUUAAACCAGAAGCUGAAGGAACAUUUUGAAGGAUCUCAGAAUGAUGCCUCUCAGGCCCUUCCAGAGCCACAGCCUGUGCAACCCUCUUGUCCUACUCGCUGGUACUGGAAACUUGUUCCUCUCCGUUACAGGAAGGAUAAAAUACAGUCCAGACAGACGCUCGCCUUUCCAUCGGUGAAUGAAGUGAAAGACUUGUCCAGUGGUUGUGCGGUUGCCGCCGUCAUUUAUUACUAUUGUCCUGGCCUGUUGAGACUUGAAGACAUUUGUAUGAAGGAAUCCAUGUCUGUACAAGACAACUUGUACAACCUGCAGUUUAUCCGUGAAUUCUGUGACAGCUGUCUAAAGAGGUGCUGUCACUUGGCGCUGGAGGACAUGUUAUACGCACCACAGGAGCUUCAGAUCAACUUCCUCUGCUUCAUAGCAGAACUACUGAGUUGGUUUGAAGUGCAGAAGCCAGAGUUUGUUGAGCCGGUAGAUCUUUCAGGUACUGCCAAACCAUCAACACCAUCUAAUACCAGUACCUCCCCUUCCAUUUUUAAGAAACCCUUCCUUCCCAUCUCCUCCCCAGUGUCAGGAUUUCUGACUCAGUCUGCCUCAAUGUCUCAUAUAGAAGGAGUUGGAAAGAUGUGGAGCAAGAAACCACUGAGCCGACCAUUGUCAGCGGUAUCCUUCAGUAUUCCCUUUGGCCUGGAUAGCGAUGUGGACAUCGUGAUGGGUGACCCUGUUAUAACCCGUUCCAUGAGCUCAGACCAACUUGGCCCUGCUGGCCAAAGCAUGACCCAGGUUCCCUACACUCCCCCUGAAGACCUCAGCCACUUACUUAAUAAACACUCUGGACCCAAUGGUCCUCAUCGAGCUUUGUGGGCAACCAAUUCUACCGUUAUACCUAAACUGGCAGAGGAGAAUGGCAAUGGGGAGAACGAGAUGGGAAAACUGCCUUCAAUUGAAGAUGCACUUAAAAUCAUUCAAAACGGGAGCAGGAUGGAGCCUCGCUUACACCCAGACGGUGCUCCUGAUGUCUUCUACCUUCACUCUCCUGAUGACCCUGCAAGUUCUAGAUAUAAUGGUAACCUAACACCCAUCAGCUCCUCUGCACCAACACACUCAGGAAUGAAGUAUCGGCCUGUAGGAGAGUCCAGGAAGUCCCAUCGUACCAGGAACACCUCUGAAUGUUCACGAGAUGAUGACUCAGUCUUGAGAGAUGGUAGUGUGGGCUCUGAUGCCUCAGAGGAUUUGCCUAAGGCCCACUCCACCCCAAACACACCCGCAUCUGCUGCACAUUCUAGUGCAGGACGUGAUAGCAAAGAGAUGUCAGACAGCGGUGUGAAAAUGACCAGCUUUGCAGAGCGUAAGAAAAAGCAGGUUAUGGAUUCUCCCAAGUCCAGUGAGCCUUCUUCCCCUCAGAUCACCACAUGGGAACAAAAGUCUGAGGAAACCACUGGCAAGACAGCAGAAAAUGAGAUGUCUGAGCUGGGAGUUCGUCUUGAAGAAAAGCGAAGGGCUAUCGAAGCUCAGAAAAAACGCAUUGAGGCCAUUUUUGCAAAGCAUCGACAAAGACUAGGCAAGACGGCCUUUCUGCAGCUGAAGAAGGAGCCGCAUGAAGGGGAAGGAGACGAAAGGGAGGGUCGGAUCAGCAGCUCAACCACAGAAGAUGACCUUUCUCGUUUGACCCUGGAAGAGCAGCAGCAGCAGGAACAAGGGGAGCAGCGCCCCUUAGUGGCAAAUGAGGGUAAUCAAGUCAAAGGACUUCAGUUCAACAAGCAGGUAAAUCUCUUCAAAGAAAAAGCAGCUACACCAGGAGAGCAGGGCUCUGGGACAGCUGGUGAAAAAGCAGGAGCUCCACUUGGGGAAUAUAACAACGCUGUAUCCAAGCUGAGUGCAGCGUUGAGCUCCCUGCAAAGUGACAUGCAGCGGCUGACUGACCAACAGAACCAGCUAAUCAGGAAAAAAGCUGCAUCUCCCAGCAACAAAUCCUGGGUUAUCCCAGCAAGCCCAAAACCCUACACGUCUACACCUCCUCCACGCUUGUCACGAGAAUCCACUCGAAACUUGAAUUCCUUCACUUCCUCUCAUUCACCAUCCCGAAAACUCACAAAUCACACCACUCCUCCAAAAUCUCCACAAUCAGUCCAUCGUCGAGCGCAGUCUGUGCCCCCUAAAAGCCCCAAACACCACAAACACACUCAUCCCAUCGACACAAAAGUCCCAAGCAUGGCGAGAGUCCUCACACCACCUCAAAAUGUUGACCGAAUCCCCCACCUUCGUCGUGUAAAUCCUUUUCAAAGCCAGGUUCAGACUUCCUCCUCAUUCUGUAUUGGUGACUCCGACAGACCAGAUGAGAGCAGCUCAUCUGGACCCACUCCUGUUGCCACUCCCACGCCCACUCCUCAUCUGGUUGCAGAUGACGCCAUGUCAGAUGUCAGCUUUAAUGACGAUCACAGUAUAUUCAGCAUGGACAUGGAGGUUGGAUCUUCACGUGGCACUCCAGCGAGGACGGGAGGAACCGGAGUUGGCGGGUGCAGCUCUGGUGCUCCAUCUGAGUGCUCCUUUGAGAGCGACGUCCCUGCAGCGGUUCUAAACGGCAAACGCAGUAGCCUGAUAGAGAUCUCUCUGUCUGAUCUGAGACGGGAGUCGGAGGAGGAUGGUCAAGGACUCGACGUCUUGUCAGAUGCUGUGAGCGACCAGACGGAACCAGAGAUGAAAGGAGGAGUCGGUUUCUUUUUUAAGGAUGACCAGGAGCAGACGGAGGACGAGAUGGCCCAGAGGAGAGCAGCCUUGCUGGAGAAACAACAGAAAAGAGCAGAGGAGAUGAGAAGACGCAAACUUGAGCAGGAGAAAGAAAAAGAGUCCAACAAGCCCCAGUGGAUGGUCAUUGAGGGCUGGGGGGACAAAAAUGAGAGCAGACCCCAAACUCCCGGCACCCCUCCAGCAUCACGCACUCCUCCAGUUGAGGGGACUCCGCAACGAAGGGGAGACUUCACCAGGCAGGAGUAUGAACGGAGGCACCAGCUGAAGAUCAUGGAAGACUUGGACAAGGUGCUGAGGCAGAAACCAACAACUGUUCGUGGCGUGAAGAAGCAGAGACCAAAGACUGUGUUCAGAGAUGACUCUGUCCUCUCUCGUAGUCCUGUCAAAGGUUUCAUAGGCAGCAGAGUCUACUCACAUUCCACCAUGAACCUGUCUACAAUGGUAAAUGAUUCUGGAGGCCUAUCUGUCAGAAAGUCGCCCAGCCGCUCACAUUCUCCCUCCCGGUUCAUGUCGCCAAGAAGAAUGAGCUCUCAGAACGGAGAGAAGGAUUGGGAAAAUGACUCGACAAUUUCCUCUCCUGCGUCAGUGCCGGAAUAUACAGGACCGAAGCUGUAUAAGGAACCAAGCUUCAAGUCCAACAAGUUUAUCGUCCACAAUGCUCUCACUCGCUGCUGCCUGGCUGGAAAGGUCAAUGAACCACAGAAAAACAAGAUUGUAGAGGAAAUGGAGAAAAGUACGGCCAACCACUUUCUUAUCCUCUUCAGAGACUCCAGUUGCCAGUUCAGGGCUGUUUACACCAUGAACCCUGAAACGGAUGAGAUGGUACGACUGACUGGGAUCGGCCCGCGCGUCAUCACACUCGAGAUGGUUGAGUCCAUUUACAAGUACAGCUCAGACCGCAAGCAGUUCACAGUCAUCCCAUCCAAAACCAUGUCCAUGAGCGUAGACGCCUUCACCAUCCCUGGACACUUUUGGCAAAAGCGCCCAGGAACCCCUAAGAAGCUUGGCACCCCCAAGUAAAGACCUGCUACAUGUGACUUGUAGAUGCAUUGAUUCAGGGAACAAACUCCCACUUAAAUUCCUGAGAUUAUUUUCUCAAUAUUAUUCUUCUGAGCCAACCCAACAUGCCCAGAAGAAGCCGCUGACCACUCGCACAUUCAGUUCUUACGGUAGCUUAGCAGCAAUUGUUUUUGCUCUGCAAGAUUUCCUAGAAUGUAAAACGCAACUUGACUGAUUCCACCUCGAUGCAGAAUUCUUUUUCUAACCUCCUGCCUCGCCUUAACUCUUGUGGUAAGAAUAAGGUGAUAAAACCACACUGCCUUUGCCCACGGAACAGUAUUUUGGGCUAAAGUAGUUCCUGCCCCUUUCUGUCCUACUUGCUUUUCCUGUUUGCUGCCUUUUCUCCUUCUUCUUCUAGGGCUCACUCUCCGGUCUGCUGAGGCACGUAGCUCAUCUCUCAGAUCAGACAGGAGAACUCUGCUGAAAACACGAAGCAGGCUGCUCUGAGAUGAAUGUAGGGCGCAUUAACCACUCAUUGUUUUCAGGGAUGAUUUCUUUGUGGGCGGAUUCACAGCUCUGUCAGUGGACUUGCUCACUUGACUCCGACUCUUCCUUCAGCUGUAGACAUCUGGAUGUUGUUUUGUUAAAAAUAAAUAAAUGUCUUUUGGCAUGAAUUAGCCCAAAAACGUCUUCAGUCUAAAGAGCUGAAAGAAGAAUAAAGCUUGCUUUUCUGUUUCUGACAUACUAACAGCUUAUUUUGAGCAAAAAUACUGGAAGAUGAAGGACGUAAUCGUGCAACGGCUCUGUAUGGAACUGAUCAUCAGUGCUGAUUUAAUAUAUUCUGAAUGCUGACAAUUUUGAUUAUUUAGACAAUGAUUUGUAUAAAAUAAGUUGACCUUUGUACACUACAAAUAAGCUAGCCUGCUGCUAAAGCAUUUGGUGUAUGUUUGUUUGAAAAGAGAACGUGUGAAUGAGAAUCAACAGAAGUCACACAGCUGAAAUGUGCAGGAGCUUAAUAAUAAUAAUAAUAAUUAUUAUUAUUAUUAUUUUGCAUUGGGAUAAAUAAAUCCUUUGGGACAGUAUGAACCUGUUUCAUAUUGUGAUUCCCCGUUUGUGUACGUGAACAGUAGGUUUGUGUUCUAGACUGUAACAGCCCUCAUCUCCGCCAUACAGGCACCAAACAGAUUUUUCCUUCCCCAUAAUUGUCUGUGCCCAUAAUAAAAACUCUUUGUGUUGCCAGUGAUCAGCUCUGUAUCUCCACAAACUCUGUGGAGUUUUGGCUCUUAGCUUCCUCUGCAGUCUUUAGAAUGCCACUUGCUGUUUUUGUGCAGCGGCCUUCUGUCACCAUUCCAACUGCCUCCAAGAAAUGUUUGAGAUUCCAGAAGAAUAGUUUAUUAAAAAAACAAAAAACUGAAUUGUGGGGAAAAAGGUAAAAUGUUGAUAAUGUGUGUGCAGGAUGUGUGUAUUUAUGUUUAUAAGGACUUGUAGUUAAACACUAUUUUGACUCUGUGCAAUUCUCCUGUGGAAAUCCCCUGUCACCUGGACACCUAUUUAUUUGUUAUGGAUUAGAUGGUGCAUCUGAUGUUUGUAGUUUGAUUACAUUUGUCUGUUUUUUUGGGGUGGGGGUGGGGGGGUGAGAUGAUCAUGAUACUUUCGUUCAUUUCACAAAAGUUGUCAUGACAUUUUUUUUGUCUUCCUUUUCUCUUAUGUGCCACCACAUUAUGUAUGUUUAAUUCAUGAACUGACAAUCCUUUGCAACUGGACCAGACAAAUAAAAAUCAUUUUUUAAAUCA